UUUUAAAUUUUAUUUGUUCGUUUGCGUCUAAAUUUAUAACUGAUCUAUUUACUUCAAGCUUUCUUUUAAGUUCUAACGAAAAGAGUCGUCUGAAAUGCCAUUUCAGUGCCGUACUCAGAAACGGUUUCUGAGUAUGUUUUCAAUAUUAGAACAUUUUGGAAAAUGAAGAUUCGGAAUGAUUCUACAUUUCAGGUUCUACGAAUAUUCGUGGAACAUGACAUAAAGAACCCAAGAAAAAAAAAUUGACGAUGUUUAUAAAAUAUAAUACUAGAACAGUCAAACAAAAUAAACUUUGCAUUUCAGUUGUCUUUGGCUUUGGCUUUGCUCAUAUUCUGUUUGCUAGAGACCAAAGCCAAAGUGAUGACAUACUAUUAGAUAUGCGUUUUUUUCCAGUCGCCUUGGGCAUAAGACUGAUCAAAACAACUUAUACCUAUAAACCCCUCAAUGAAAUAACUAUGCACGUGAGGACAAAGACUGUUCAGAAGAGAACUGUUGAAGAUGGAGGACUACGUGAAUUUUUCGGCCAUGGAACAGUAUUGGUCGCUUUCCACGCCAUUUGACCCAAGAUGUACCUGCUCUUAUAAUACUCCACAUGGGGUUAGCCAGGACCCUAUCUAUUACGACGAUUUAAAAGAUAAACAAAGUAUUAGUCUUGUGAGCCAUGUAGGAUCGAGUUUGGGAUUGGAAGUUGAUGAGAAUGAAAAUACCACUGAUACGAGCGAACAUUGCGUGCCGUCUGCUUUAGCGACUCAGGACAAAGUGGAAGUUUCAAGUGCUGUUUUCUCCAAUUCAGAAGCUCAGUCGACCAAAGUUCAUCCGAAUUUGUCGUUGAAAGGUGACGCAAAGAAUCAGCCAUCAGUUUCGAGGAAAGCAGUGGUCAAGCAACGCAAAACUCGUACUUUGUUCACGCCUGGUCAGAUAAACAUCCUCGAACAAGUAUUUAGCCAAUAUCACUACAUCGCAUCCUCACAUAGAAAACUGCUGGCCCAAAAGAUUGGAAUAAGCGAGGCUCAAGUCCGGGUCUGGUUUCAGAAUCGACGCAUAAAAUGGCGAAAAGAAGGGAAAGAAUUUAUCGUGAAAAGUGAAAAUAAAUAAUCUAACUCAUAAUUCUGAAACGUUGAUGGAAGUUUCGACGUCCUCUAAUUAAAAUCUACUUUUUUCGCGACUGCAAAUUUGUAUACGUCAACCUCGGCCUCCGCGCGUGCAAAUUGUAGCGUACAGUCUAAAAAUACACUGCGCGUCUCAAUUAUAAUUAAUUAAUAUACAUAUAAAUAAAUCUUUUGAUUCUUA